AAAAGGAGAGAAAAAGAUAGUAAUUACUUAACAUACGUGUGUGCUAGCUUUUAGUGGAAACAGCGACACAACCAGUCGACAGUAGAUGAUUCCACUCCAUACCGACAAUAUCGGAAGUGCAAAGUGACCAAAAAAAUCUAAACCCAAUUCAUCAUGACCGGAGGUUGUUGGCAGCAUUGCACCGUGGACGGACCUUUUCCCACGAAUAUGGUCCGCGCGGGUAUCGAUGCCGAUGGAGCAGUUAUCUACGCCGGUCGUGCCUUCCAUGAGGGUGAGAUGAUCCCAGCUAAGGUGAUCCCGUCGAAAAAUGUCGCUUUCAUUUGCUACAGUGGAGAAGAAAUCCUAAAGGAAGACUUCGAAGUGCUCCGUUCGGGAGAUUUCGUGUGGGAAUUCGCCUCCAACGGGGUCGUGCCAGAGAAUGCAGUAAAAAUCGGCGCCACCGUUGAUGGUGAGCCACUUUAUAUGGGCCGAGCGCUGCACUGUGGAACGCAGACACCUGGAAAGGUUCACUCUUCCCAUGGGUGCCUUUAUAUGCCGUUCGAUGGAGCCGAGGUUAGCUCGGCAGAGUACGAGGUUCUGUGCCUUAAGUAAGGAAUUGUUCGAAGCAAGUAAACCGGGAUGGCUAUAAGGAACAACAACUUGGAUUUUGAAUGAAUUAAUUUAUGGGUAUGAGAUUAUAUAGAUUAUGCGCGUCAUUCUCUUUCAAAGAGAAAGAAAUAAUUACAAUUCCUUCAUGUGCAUAAAAACUGCUAUAAAUAAACUACAAAAUAUUCCAACUUAUCCAUCUA